AUGAACUGCCCGGUACCAUGCACCAUGGGAACGGUACCUGCGGGGAUGGGCAACGCACCUGCGGGGCAGGGCGUGCCUCCUGUGGGAGGAGUGGGCAGCAUCGUGCCUGCAGGAGGAGUGGCGUGGAUGCCGGUGUUCGGCCAGUCCACGGGGACGGUCGCGAUUGUCGGCGACAAGUGCAAGGAGGACAAGUGGUCUGAGUACACCGACGACAACGGGAAGAAGUACUACGACAACCCCUUCAAGAACGAGACCACGCGGGAGAAGCCCAAAGACUUCGACAAGAAGAAAAAGGAGAAAAAGCCCGCCCCGCCCGCCGACACCGAGAAGAAGGAGAAGAAGAAGCCUAAGUACAUCGUGACGAGAGGUUGGCUGCCAUGA